ACAUGGUGGCUAAGAUAAGGAAGUGGUCUAUUUUUAUAAAAAAUUACAACCAUUUCCUCCUCCUCCUCCUUCUUCUUUCUAGACACCUCUACAGCAAAAUGUCUUCGUUGAUUAAAGAAACAAUUGCCACCAUGGAUGAUCCAAAAUCUUCCCCCAUGUCACAAUCUUCGUCAACUUCAACCACUUCUUCCACAACAACUACCGCAUCAUCACUAUCAUCUAUACCUUUCUACAUCUCCUUUCAAGAUUGGUGGUCGUCCCUGAGCCAGCUUAUGAAUGCCAGUAGUUCCAGUACAUCUGUAAUCCAGCAAAAUCUAGAAAUACAGGCUGCCAGAUUGAAAAACCGCAUGAUAGAAUAUGAACUUUUCAAAUCCAUUCUCCCAGGCUUUAUCCAUAUCUACCCCCCAAAUGCACCUACCCCCGACGAGGGUCGCCAUCCAGUAUUUGCCGAAUUCAUAGACACAGAAGUCUCAGAUAAUGUCACAAUACACGAGUUGUACUUGGAGAACAAUACCGAAGGAGGCGAGGAACAACAUAUAGUAAUAGUCCAUGGGUACAUGGCGGCCUUGGGGUACUUUGUCAAUAACAUCUCAGAAAUAAUAUCGACUCCAGGAAUGAGGUUGCAUUUGAUUGAUCUUCCUGGGUUUGGUAACUCCCUGCGUCCCAAGUUCCCGGCAGAAUUUCUUAUAGAACCAGACACGCGCGAGGCCAAGAUUGCCCAGAUCAAACUUGUAGAAGGUUGGUUCAUUGAUUGCAUUGAGACAUGGAGAAUCAAGAGAGACUUGCAUAAAUUCAAUAUGAUUGCCCAUUCAAUGGGGGCAUACUUGACGAGCUGUUACUUGAUGAAGUAUAACCGCGACCCAAAAUUGGUGGUGGAUCGGGUCAUACUUGUGAGUCCCAUGGGAACAGAGUCAAGCGAGGUUAGUUUACUCAGUAAUAAGCCCACUGAGGAAGAGAACAAACCGGACCCCGAGAACGAAGUUGAACUUCUCGUGGAACUGUUGGAAAUGGGCCGUCCUCGAUUCCCCAAGAAUUACAUCAUUCGCACACUCUGGAAACAUAAUAAAUCCCCGUUUAUGAUAUUGCAGAAACUAGGCCCGUUUUAUUCCAAGGUCUUGUCAUAUUGGUCAUUCAAAAGAUUCAAGAACCAUGCAGAUGAAGAAGUUAUUAUGAAAUUACAUAGAUACUCGUACUCCAUUUUCAACCAGUUCCCAGGAUCAGGAGAAUUGGCAAUUACCAAGUUUAUCAAUCAUGAGAUUUUAGCCAGACUCCCACUUUGCGAACGAGGACUCAUUGAAUAUUUCAAAGAAUAUAACGUGCAAGCACUAUGGCUUUAUGGAGACAAGGACUGGAUGAACCAUCGUGGUGGAGAACACAUACAUACUCAAGUUUCCAAGACUGAUCCUUCACUUUCUCAAUUUAUGAUUGUUGAAAACGCCGGUCAUCAUAUUUACUUGGAUAAUCCAGCCAAGUUCAACAGUAUCGUUACCAAAUUCUUUGAUCUUAAUAUUGAUUCGAACUUGUAAUGUUCUAUAGAUCUAUAUAGUAUAUUUAAUUAAUAGAGCUGAUGCACCCUUAUUCUAUCGCAGCUAGAUACUUGUCAAGAUCUUCUCCCAGCUUAAUUGCUUGCAUCAAUUUCAUGUAAAACCUAUGCUGAUCUCUUGCUUCAAUUUUAUUCCUCAAUAUUUCACUUACUUUAUAUGCUCCUUGAAUAAUUUCAUGUGGAACUCCAGCAAGCUUGGCAACGUUUAAUCCAUACAGAUUUCCAAUCACACCUCUAACCAAAUUAUACAAAAAUACAACCUCGGGGAACUCACCGUCCUUAGCCACUUCCUUGAACCCCAUAUGGUAAUUCACUACUUGUCCCGGGAACUCCUCUUCUAAAACAUGGAGACUGGGGUAAUGCGUAAUAAAACAAACCAACGGCCUCUGGUUGCACUCAACAAGAUACUUCAACACACUAUACGCAAUGGCGAUCCCAUCUGUCGUCCCCGUGCCUCGCCCAAUCUCGUCCAUAAUCACAAGAGACCGAUUAGUCAAUCCCGAAAUGAUGGAUCCACAUUCAUUCAUCUCGGUCAUGAACGUUGAUUGUCCCCGCAAAAUAUCGUCUCGAGCACCCAUACGCAUAAACACAGUGUCGAAGAUCCCCAUGGUGGCUGAUUGACAGGGGAUGUAUGCACCAAUCUGGGCCAUGAUUACGAGCAAGGCAAUUUGUUUAACAUAUGAGGAUUUCCCACCCAUAUUGGGACCGGUGAUGAUUAGGGCUCGGUCUUUAUCAUAUGUCAUAGAGAUGUCAUUGGGGACGUAAUUAUCCCGUAAUUGUUCGAUGAUGGGGUGGCGUCCCUGACGUACUUCAACUAAGAGAUCAUCAGUGAACUUGGGCCUGACAUGGUUGGGUAUGAGACUGGCAGCAGUGAGUGAAAGGAGACAAUCAAAAGUUGCCAAAUGUUUAAUGGUGUUGCGAAAGAAGGGGUGUUUAUCGUCAAUUUGCUGCAAAAAGGCC